UGGAUGGAAAAUAAGCAUCUGGUAAACUCGUGGGUAUUAAAACUCAAGAUUCGACAAUUUAUACAAGACGACAAUGAGUUUGAAAUAAAGUCGAAGAAAGUCGAAAUAUUACCUUGAAUUUUCUUGUCUUGAAUUUUCUUGUCUUGAAUUUUCUAGGAAUCUUGAGUUGAGUCACAACGGCAGAAUAAAGUCACAACUAUGCUAAUAUUUGGUACUAUUUUUGGAUCUUUGUACCACGUGUUUAUGGUAUUUUGGUAUUAAAAGAUGAAGUCAACCGGUAGAAAAUUUAGUAACAAUGACAAGAAAGAAACGCAGGCAAAAAAGCUAAAAGUUUCCAAUGAUGAUUGUCUAAUCAAUCAAUAUAUUUUGAAUGAUAAUAUCAGAGCAGAUCUUUCAAGAGCUUUCAGGUAAUUAAUUGUGGUUUGUAUUUAAAAAGAGACAGUGGCGUAGCCAGCCCGACAAUUUAGUCCCGCUAUGCAAAUUCAAAAUUAUUGUCAUUAUUCAUUUCUUUAGAAAUUGAUUGUUUUCACAGUCAAUGAACACGAAAAUAUUUGCAUAGCAGGACCUAAAUUGUCGGGCUGGCUACGCUACUGAAAAGAGACUAUAAUGACUAAAGUCUAUAGUCGGGCGUAUGAACCGGCGGGGGGGGGAGCCCCCCAAGUUUUCAGAAAACACAAAAAGUGCCCUUUUUCCGGUGGCAAAGUGCCCUUUGCCUUCGUGAAAAAUGUUGUUCAGAUUGCAUUUUUGACUCACGGAUGUUGCAAGCAACAUCGGCAAGUCUUUGUGGUUACUUGAGUGUGGGCAGUUAAUUAAACAAUGAGAAAUGACCAGCCUGCUUGGCACACGUUCUUUGCUUGCGAAUCGGGACUUUCAGAACCGGAAAUCGGGCUGGAGCACGAAAAAUGGCAAAAUUUGCACGAUGCUCAUUUGCAAAAACAACACUGCAAACUGCUUUAAUUCUUUCUGUCACUUUCAUUUGAUCUCAUCUGUGAGUCGGUCUUAACAGUCUUUGAUUUAUGAUUGCAUUUAUUUUUCCUUCCCUACCCUUCCUUCCCUCGUCGCUAACAUUUUCAAGAAAAUUUUUUUAGGUGCCCUUUUCUUUCUAAAAGUGCCCUUCGAAACUGGUGCCCCCCCCCAAACUUUUUUAUGCUUCCUACGCCCCUGCCUAUAGUUUGCAUCAAAUUGUAAAUAUCAUAAAUAUUGCAACUAUCAUGUAACAAGAGUCGUAGAAAUAGGCUGUUUGCGAUUUCUGUGAAUGCUAUUGAAGCUACCCUGUGGAACCAGGGUAGCUUUAUUAGCCUGAAGUUAAUAACUUCAGUGGCGUACAUAGCCAGGGUGUAAAAUUGGGGUUAGGCAAAAUGUGUAUGGCACUUGGAAUGCAAAUGUGUGAGGAAUCUAGGGGGAUCCGGGGGCAUGCUGCCCUGGGAAAAUUUUGAAUUUUUAGAUUUAUUAGAAUGCCAUUUUAGGAUGAGGUUUGAAGAAAAGUUACUACCACAAAAAGUUAUUUUUAAGUUGCCUACAGUAAUGUUGUUAGAUUGAAAAAAAAAAUUUAAGACAUUGUACUGUGACAAUAGCAAAAUAGCAUGAUGUCUUCCUUUUUGAAGUGGAAAUUAUAUUGUAAUAAAAAGAAUGAGCUUUGAACAUUGACUGCUGCUAUGCAUGUAAAUUCAAGUUCAAAUGUGCUUUCAACCACCAUGGGCAUUUUUUACUGGAGUUUAAGGAUUCUAGAUAUACUACAACUUUUAUUGGUAAACAGAAGAGAUGGAAUCAUUAUUCAGACAUCGUACCCCCCCCCCCCCAUUUCUGCCCGGAUUUCAGCUUUUCACAAGGGCAGUCCUUUUGCCCAUUGGGAGGGGGCUGGGCCCCUUGUUCCGCCCCUACCCCUCUGGCUACGCCAUUGCUUAACUUGGACCUGCACUGCAAAAUAAGAGAAAGUAAAAUGAAUCACAACUCAAAGUAUUGCUACCAUAUAUAUAUAUAUAUAUAUAUAUAUAUAUAUAUAUAUAUAUAUAUAUAUAUAUAUAUAUAUAUAUAUAUAUAUAUAUAUAUAUAUAUAUAUAUAUAUAUAUAUAUAUAUAUAUAUAAACAACAAAUUUCAAUCUUAAAAUUUUAUUUCAUCGCUACACAGUGUUUCACGUACAGCGUACGAUCAUCAGGCGAUUGAUGUUAAUUAUCUCGCAGUAAAUUACAACGGUUUACGCUGACGCGCUUAGAUUGCUGACGCAAGCAUUUAAACGAUUGUGUUUACUUGCGCGCGCGCGUUCGAAAUUAGAAGCUUUAUAACUGUUCCUAUGCCUACACUUGCUAAACAAUUCAGAUCUUAUAUUCAAUGUAUUAAUUUUGUCCGAUAACAUAAUCAUUCUUUUUUCCUCGGUGCACAGAGAACAAACUUUCAUUCCUGGGCAAACGGCUGGACCUUGCUUCAUGACCGACCAAUUUAUUCGGAAUGAUUUGUUCUGCGAUUUAAGACCCCAAGCAUAUUUCGAAAGUUCCGUCUCUGUCGAAUAGCGCUCAUUGUUCAAUGAUUUCAAAUGAUUGCUAUAUCGUAGCUUGAAAGGACCCACCGUUAUUCCUAUAUAAUUCUUGACCACUUUCCCAUUGUCGCUUGUAAUCUGGGCUUUAUACACAACGCUUCUCAUGAGACAAUUGCCGUUCAGUGGACAUUUACUUUUAAUUCUGCAGUUACACGAUUUCGAUGGAAUUUGGGAGGGAUUCUGAUUCUUAAUAACACGCCGGUUGUGGUUUGAAAUUGAUGCUUUAAUAUUGUUCAUGCAUGAAUAACUGACCUUGACAGAGUUUCGGUUGAAAAUUUUAUGUAGGAUCGAUGAUUUGGGGAAAUGCUUGUCUAUUAAACGAAGGAAAUUUUCUGCAACUUUCGUCUUCACGUUCUUGCUGUAGGGCGGAUUGUACCAAAUAAUGUUUCUUGAUCGGGUUCGUUUCUUGGGCUUACUACUAUUUGUUUCAUUGUCGUACCUUAGGUUGGUAUUGAAAUUGCUUUGCUUCAGGGCAUCUUCGUAUAAAGGGGCGGCUGAAUCAAAACUUGGUUUGUCGGAGGAAAGGGAGGAUAUACGUUUAUUAAUUGAUUUUGGGAGUUGUCUGAUAAUUGAUGGUGGAUGAUUAGAACGGCUAUCGAUAUAAAUGGGAUCAUUAUUGGGUUUUCGAUAGGGAGUGAAGUUAUUUUCUUUCAAGUUUAAGGUUACAUCAAGAGUAAAACAUGGAGUAAAACCAAUGAUUCGGACGGUGCCCUUUUUGAUGUUGCCAUGGGGAGCUACGAUGGUGCCGAGGUGUGUGAACUUGUUGGUUUGUUUAUAUUAAAUACUUUAGCGCCACGGUUCGGGAAUGACAUGGUUGGUCUGUAUAGGGAUGAUGGCUUAGUGCUGGUAAAAGGGGGCAAGGGUAGAUCGGCGGAUAAGGCUAGAAAGGAACUCCAUCGCAUUUUCGAUCAGUUCGGUUUAAAGAUCACCGCUGAUGUCUGCCAUCAAUCAGUGAACUUUCUUGAUGUAACCUUAAACUUGAAAGAAAAUAACUUCACUCCCUAUCGAAAACCCAAUAAUGAUCCCAUUUAUAUCGAUAGCCGUUCUAAUCAUCCACCAUCAAUUAUCAGACAACUCCCAAAAUCAAUUAAUAAACGUAUAUCCUCCCUUUCCUCCGACAAACCGAGUUUUGAUUCAGCCGCUCCUUUAUACGAAGAUGCACUGAAGCAAAGCAAUUUCAAUACCAACCUAAGGUAUGACAAUGAAACAAAUAGUAGUAAGCCCAAGAAACGAACCCGAUCAAGAAACAUUAUUUGGUACAAUCCGCCCUACAGCAAGAACGUGAAGACGAAAGUUGCAGAAAAUUUCCUUCGUUUAAUAGACAAGCAUUUCCCCAAAUCAUCGAUCCUACAUAAAAUUUUCAACCGAAACUCUGUCAAGGUCAGUUAUUCAUGCAUGAACAAUAUUAAAGCAUCAAUUUCAAACCACAACCGGCGUGUUAUUAAGAAUCAGAAUCCCUCCCAAAUUCCAUCGAAAUCGUGUAACUGCAGAAUUAAAAGUAAAUGUCCACUGAACGGCAAUUGUCUCGUGAGAAGCGUUGUGUAUAAAGCCCAGAUUAUAAGCGACAAUGGGAAAGUGGUCAAGAAUUAUAUAGGAAUGACGGCGGGUCCUUUCAAGCUACGAUAUAGCAAUCAUUUGAAAUCAUUGAACAAUGAGCGCUAUUCGACAGAGACGGAACUUUCGAAAUAUGCUUGGGGUCUUAAAUCGCAGAACAAAUCAUUCCGAAUAAAUUGGUCGGUCAUGAAGCAAGUUCCAGCCGUUUGCCCAGGAAUGAAAGUUUGUUCUCUGUGCACCGAGGAAAAAAGAAUGAUUAUGUUAUCGGACAAAAUUAAUACAUUGAAUAUAAGAUCUGAAUUGUUUAGCAAGUGUAGGCAUAGGAACAGUUAUAAAGCUUCUAAUUUCAAACGCGCGCGCAAGUAAACACAAUCGUUUAAAUGCUUGCGUCAGCAAUCUAAGCGCGUCAGCGUAAACCGUUGUAAUUUAUUGCGAGAUAAUUAACAUCAAUCGCCUGAUGAUCGUACGCUGUACGUGAAACACUGUGUAGCGAUGAAAUAAAAUUUUAAGAUUGAAAUUUGUUGUUUAUGUCUUUUUAUUUGCUCUACUGAUUUAUUGGUGUUGAGCACUCUAGUUCACUACGCACAAAUUCAAUAUUGAAUAUUAUAUAUAUAUAUAUAUAUAUAUAUAUAUAUAUAUAUAUAUAUAUAUAUAUAUAUAUAUAUAUAUAUAUAUAUAUAUAUAUAUAUAUAUAUAUAUAUAUAUAUAUAUAUAUAUAUAUAUAUAUAUAUAUAUAUAUAUAUAUAUAUAUAUAUAUAUAUAUAUUGGUGAUAUUAUUAAUAGCAGCAUAGCAAUUCAGAUAUUGCUACAGCAGCUGGAUAUACAAGCUAGGCUGUGAAGACAUUAUAUUAAUAUGUUACACUUAUUUACAGCUAUGAUAUUUACAGCUCUUAUAUACAUGUAUGUAAAUUGAUAGACAAUACAGUAUCAAUUCCAGUAGCAAAAUGUGUUACGUACAGCUACUCAUGUAUUACGUGACAGCUACGAUCAUGUUAUACAUAGUGAUAUAUAUUUGUUACAUACUAGCUGUAGUGUUACAUAAUUUUACAGCGUAUAAACAUGCAUGGUGUUGCACAUGCAUGGUUAUACAUUGUGUUACUAAUUAAUAUAGUGUUACAAUGUGUUCAUGCUGACUUACAUAGCGUGUUACAUUGUGUUCCGUACUGCUACAUAUUGUUAUUACAUGCCGUGACAUUUUGGCAUGCCUUAAUUAUUAAUAACCAUUGACUAUUGAACUUUAUAACUGCAUGUGAUCCCACUGCACUAAUAAUUGGGCCUAGUCCCAGAGGUCUUUAAAAGCCAGGAACUAUAUGAAUGCACCAUGACAUAUCUUUUACAUGUAAAGAAUGCAUUUAUACUCAUUAAACUAUUAUUGCUACAACUUAUUGUGUCAGGUUUAUUUAGUUUAUAUCCAUUGGUUUAUUUUAAUGUUUAGUAGUAAAUGUAUACCAUAAUUCAUUAGUUAUAAUGUUAAUUUCAGACCCAUCCUCCGAGCGAACGAAUUUUUCGUUGGUCGAUUGCAGUGUCAGAGUAAUAUGAAACUAGUUUUUCAUAUCUCUGAGAGUGGUUCUGAAAUAGAAUUGAAACACUGCGCGUCCUCUAAGACAAGAGUUAAGUCGUCACGAAAAUAUUUUGUGCACUUAAAUUGGAUAAGACUCGCUACCAAUCCCCGUUGACUCGAUACGACGAUAGCUCAAUGGGUAGAGCGGCGGUCUAGAUACCCGAAAAUACGAGUUCAAAUCCCGCUCGAGCCAACGAAUUUUUCGUUGGUCGAUUGCAGUGUCGGAAUAAUAUGAAACUGAUAUAAUGUUAAUGCUGUAUUAAAUUUAUUAUAGGAAUAAUAAAGACUUUAUACACGAUGGUAAGAAAGUACUCUUUGAAAGAGCUCACAUUUUGUAAAUGUGCAUGAAUACCAUUAUAUUAACCCAAUGAGUGCAGCGGUCUCCAUUUGACGAGUAAAAUCGUUCGGUGUUAGAGUAAAAUAAUACAGUAGGGAGCAUUGGGGCGCAAUGCGACUCAAUGGGAUAGUGUGUUGAUCCAGCUGAAAGCAGAAUCUAAUAUUUAAUCAACAUAAUUGUUUAUAGUGUACAAGAGUAACACACUGAUAUUGAUCACUGUCUCAGAGGUCACAAAGUCAAAGCUUGAAAAAUAUUUUUAGGGAGUGGUGUAUCCUUGCAUACAUAUCCUUUCAAACAUUGUAUCAUCCGAAAUUUUGUUAAAGAUGAAGAAUAUCUAAAACAUCUGAAGGAAGAGUUGUUGGAAUUACAAUUUAAAGAGAAAUCUAAUGAUUUGUACAAAUUUUAUCAGGUAUUGUUCAUUAAGUUUCUCACUUAUUGGUGAGCGGAUUUCCCACCAGGCUGUUGUUGAUUUUAACGUCCUUAUCCGAGAAGACGCGAAAGUAUGUCAAUGUAUUUAAGGUAGCAUUUUCUCCUCAAUUAUUUUAAGAUUUUAUAAGCGAAUUUAGCGUGGGCGCGUGCAGUGUCAAGCACUUCUCGACAGAAAUGAAAUUCCAAUUAUCGAUAUCUAGUUUAACCGUCUUGUUAGUAUAAUACGUGAAAACCAUUCUGAAGUUGACUACCAUUGAGGUAAGUACCUACCAAGUUUAUAAUAGGAUAAGCCAGUACGGUCUACCUAAUUUACAUUUUUACAUUACUCACAUACCAUUUCAACACAAAUUAUGUUAAGAUAAUGUAGGCCACGGUAAUAGACUCUGCUCGAUUUCUCGUAGAAUCGUAACUGAGCUGUGGGAAUGUGAACCAUUACGCAAGUUCGUAUGAUUCUUGUGUUAGCCCAAUUCUAAUUAGUGCAUGGAAUUGCAUCAAUAUAUUUUAUGUAAGUGUCAAUGAUUAAUGGAGAUAACAAAAGUUCUUAGACAAUGGCAGAAAACAAUGACAAGUCAUUAGCUAAAGCCUGUUCGCAGGCUAGCUAACUUCCCGAGGAAGGGCCUUGUAUUUUCCAGGUAAUUGUAUUCUCUCACACCGCAGCAACCCCAACUUUAACCUGGGGUUUUCACCCAAAACUGCAAGUUUCAACCACCAACCUACAGUACAUAUCAACCUGUCCCAACCUGCAUCAUGCAAUUUCGACCCCUGCUAUAGUGAAUUGGGUAGCAUGGGCUAUAACUGAUUAAGUAUAUUGGGAUUUAUCACAAUUGUUAUAAAGAUAAAAUAGUGGUAGGUAAGCGUAAUACUUGAUGUAAAGUGCAUUUGAUUAUAUCUACAUGAAAUUUGCUCUAUAGAAAUCGCAAUCGAAAUUGACUAAAAAAUAAUAAUUACACCGAGUACGACCCGUAUGGUUUACCGGCUUUACUGUACAUGCAGUUGUUAAACUUCUUAUGAACCGUCGUCCGUUAACCAACAACCAUCUCUAUAUUGAGCUUGCUCGACUCGCACUAAUCCUACGGCUACGGUUCGUACAAAUUGUAUGCUUAUAUCAUGACAGUACUGUAGCAGUGUAGGUUCUUUUUUUUCUUCUUUUUUUUCCUGCUUUGAGAGACCUACACUAUAUUGUGCAGCACAAUUUGUGCUAAGUAAGGCGUCCGUAUUGAUCGUAAUUUCUGUUUACGAUUGUGAAUGAAUUUUGACCCAUGCAUGCACACAUGCACAUUUUUACUGAGCAUUUUCCCAAUUAGGCUUUACAAUGCCCAUUACAUGCAGUUCGAACUAAUAAUGUACAAUAUGCGUACAACAGCUUGGAGAUUGUUCAUGUUUAUGGAGGAUAUAUUAGCCCACAUUGAAGAACAGUACUCAGUAGAAAAGCUUGUUAAGCGUACAGUAGAAAACUGUUGUUUACUCAGCCUAGUCCCAGGCUCUCUCUCUAUUCGCUGCUUUGAUAUAUUUAAAUAAGUCUUAAAAGUUUUAUGCCUGGGUGUGCAGUUCACCUUUAGCGGUGACGUCACACCUAGGUCCCAGUGUCGUACUACAUCCACGUUUUUUUCUCGCGCUUGCUUCAGAACGACUGGGACUAGGCUGGUUUACUCUAUUAAUCUGACAUAGUUUUGAAGUGCAUGACAUAGUUAUAGUUUUGAAGUGAAGUGAAGUGCCGUGACUUCAACUAUGAAUCCGUAAUGCCGUGACCAUGUGCACAUAAUUGGACAUGUUUGAAUUUACGAUGUUUAGCAUCCUGCAUGAGAAGAACAUGUAUGACUAUAUCUUUAACAUUUGUAGAGCAAUGACCUUAAAACAUCAAGAAAAGAAACUAUUUCCAAGUUAAGGUAGAUUUCAAUACAUAUAUAAACUGAUAGAAUACAUAAUACAACCAUGCAGGGGCUGCUGGUUAAUACUAUUUGUCCGUCUAACAUAAUCUGGUUAAUUUAACCAGGAGGCCCAUCCUUGUUAAUUAAUUAAUUAAUUAAAAUGACCAGGAAUAUUAAGUUAAUUAACCCAUUGAGCGCCAGUGCUCUUCCCUUGACAAGUAAAAUUGUUUGACAUUAGACAGAAUAAAAUAAUAAAGUAGGGUGCAUUUUGUUGUAGGGUGCAUCAAUGGCUCUUAAUUGUUAAACUAAACACAUGGGCAGAUAGUCUGAUCAACCCAUUGAGUGCCAGCACUCUCCUCUCACGAGUAAAACUGUCUGGUGUUAGACGGAGUAAAAUAGUAAAGUUUGGUGCAUUAGGGCGCAAUGCUGCUUAAUGGGUUAAUCCAAAUAGGCUUUUUUCUACAAUCCAGGCCAUGCACUUAUGUGGACACGCACUUAAUCCACUUUUGCAGAAAUCUUAACAAACAGCUAAAACUUGACGUAUAUCCCCCACUCCCCUUCUUCAAUGCAGUAGCGAAGCCACCCCGACAAUUUGGUCAUGCUAUGUAAAUAUUCCCGUGUUCAUAGACCGUGAAAGCAAUCAAUUUCUAAAGAAAUGAAAAUUUGCAUAGCGUGACCAAAUUCUCGGGCUGGCUUCGCCAUUUCUUCAAUGUUGUGUAUCCGCAUUAUCUUGGUGGAGCGGGGGGAUGUUUAUGUAGAGAAACGCUAUCCUAAGCCAAUGUCUGUGGGUUGUUCGCAACGUCUUGGGCAGGAGUGUAGGUUAACCACGCCAAAAAUUUUAACCAGUUUGUAUUUGAGGUGUACCAUUUGUACUAGCUGUAUAGUACCAACGAACUAGGAUAGAAAAUCAGAGGAUAUGUAAUUUUUCUGGUUUCUGAUUUGUGAAAUUUUGAUAUCAUGCAAGAAAAGUGUGUAAGAACGCCGACGAUAUGUGUUUAUAUGUUAAUUAAGAAGUCUUGUUUAAUAGAAUGUGAAUCAAUCAAUUUGCCACAUGAAAAACCUAGUAUGCCGAUUGGUUAUAACUUAUAAUAGUCAACAUAAAAAAUUAUCACAUUGUCUUCAGGAAAUUAUUGUACAAAGAUUGCCUUGACUGGAUGAAAACUGUCACUAAUAUCAUAUUGGAUGAAAAUGCUAUAGACAUGUCUUGUGCAAAAUAUACUAACACCGGUAAGAACUGUGAUAAUAUGAGGGUAUUAUAGGGAUCAAAAUAUUAUGCCACACCAUUGGCCAGUUGUGGUGUAUUGAUGAUGUACUGAUGAUGUAUACUGGCUGGUGUUUUAAUUAAGUCUAAUUAAUAAACACAACAUUGAUUCUCAGAUCUCUAAGUCGGGUAUUACUGCGCCUUUCAAGCAGCACAACCAAGGCCUACUCUGGAAUCUUAACUCGCCUUAAAUCGCGGGUUGAAAUUGACCGAAGUUCCCUUAAAUCGCCUAAAGUCGCUAAACUUUCAUUAUCGGUUUAGGCGAGUUACCACGCCGAGUAUAGGCCUACACCCACAAGCCUGUGAAGAUAAGAAUACGUAUGUUGUUGUCGUUAAUAGCCUCCUCCCCAUUAACUCCGGUCAAACGGGAUGAGAUUUGGCCAGCGAGAGUGUCAAACGAAAACAAGAACUCUUAAGAACAAACAGGAACAAGAUUUGAUGAGAGUUUGCUGGAAGUUACCGGUUAAACGAGAAAAAACUCGCAUUCUCAACUCUCCUCAGAAAUUGAACCAGCUCAAAAUCAUUGAGAGUUGUUGACUGAUGAGAGUGCAUGAUAGGUGAUGAGAGUGCAUGAUAGGUAAUGAGAGUUGAUGACUGAUGAGAGUGCAUGAUAGGUAAUGAGAGUUGAUGACUGAUGAAAGUGCAUGAUAGGUAAUGAGAGUUGGCGAUCAAACGCAAGCGAGAGUUGUAAAUAUUCAUGAACUCUCAUAAACUCUCCUCGUUUGACUGGGACUAAAGUUAGGGGUUAUAAAGGUGAUCGGAAAAUAUAGAGGAGAAUGGGAGAUCACAACUAGAUUUUUUUAAAACCCUAACACUAUAGAUAUAUGCCUGCAGAGGAGGCCAAGUUGUUAGUCUAUCAAACGUCUAUAAAUCGUGUAUGUAAGCAAUAACUACAGUAUAGACAAUCAAUAAAACUAACUGGAUAUAGCUGCUCCCAGAUCCAGUAACGACUUUCCGUUAUUGGUUCAGUGUGACUGCAGAAAGAAUGUGAUAUUUUUGGUAGAAUCAAACUGGAAGCAUUCCCUUCAUGCAUCUAAGAUGAAAAAGUCACUUACACUAAGCUGCAUUAUGCUACCCAACCUCGAAGCCGGGCUACCAACACCCUUAUGUGACGAAACAGCAGGCAUUAUAAAUAGACUGUUUUGUUUUUGCAUCAAAUGAAGAAUGUUAAUUUGUUGUUUAGAUGUUCUUCUUUGUCAUGAUGAUGAACUUGAAGGAAGACGCAUUGCUUACAUUUUUUAUCUUGUCCCACCAUGGACGAAGAAGGACGGAGGUAAUUAUUACGUUAUAAUUAUGUCUACAAAUAUAAUUAUAUUUAACAGUUAUUCGCCGAAGGCGAGGUGAUUAUCAGUGAAUAAAAACCGAUCGAGGUUUUUACUCACGAUAAUCACCGAGCCUGAGGUGAAUAAUUGUUUUAGUAUAAUUUCGUAGGUAAUUAUUUGGAAAAAAAUAAAAAAAAUACACAUUUCUUCGUCAUUUAAUUGACAAAACGAACUUUCGAUAAUCGCUUAGGUGAUUAUCGCGUUAUAAUCACCUCAACGGCAACCAAUCAGCGUGGAUAAUUUUCAGUAAUCACCUAUGUAAUUGUACUGAUCAGCGUUCAUGGUGGCAACACCAUACUUGGCACAAUUUUAACUCAAACAACUUCAUUUUUACAGCAAUAAAACUUUUAAUGAGAUAACUGAGUUUCAAAACUCAAUACAAGAUUGAGUUUUGGGGCCUGAUUAUAGCUUAUAUAGUAUCAUUACCUGAUUUUAUUAUUUGUUACAAUAAGCAUGCAACUGCAUUAUCUCAGCUCAGCUGACGGCUUGUGUAGGUUUAUUUAGCUUAGGAAACCCAACAAAGUGAGAAAAACGAACAUACCACCUGCAAUUUGUUUGACAACAUAAACGUAAAGCAAUUUUAAGCUGUUUUAAAGCCACGUGAAGGUUGAAUUAUCCAACCUGCCCUCUUCAUGGGGAGGAGGAGAGAGCCGCCCCAAACCCCAAGAUGAUUAAUCAAUCUCCUCCGAAAAGAAAACGGACCCAGCAAAAAAAAUUACCCCAACAAUGUAAAAGAAGAACAAUUAUUUUCUUUUUUUAAGGUUCACUUGAUUUAUUUGACAUUAAUGGUAAGCGCUAUAUGCAUGCCAUGAACUUCAUUGUUUAUAUGUUAAGAAUGCACUAUUCGACAGAUACGUUGUUGUAAUUUCAAUUUAUGCAGAUUGCAGUACAACUUUUUAAAUUUUUUUUAUAAAUACUUGCAUGUAUGAGAAUGAUAUUCUCUUAAAAAUGCAAGAAGUGCGACCAGGAUUGAACAUAAUGAUUUUUGAGACGUUCUCUGGUUGGAGGUAUUUAUUUAUCACGAGCUUUCGGCUGCCAGACUGCAGCCUUCAACAGGUAGUUAUAAAAUACAAUGAUUACAGACGACUACGGUUUACAAUUACAGAGUAUACGCCUACGGUUAGCAAACCAUGGUCGUCUGUACUACCCGUUGAAGGUUGCAGUCUGGCAGCCAAAAUAAAUAUUUGCAACCAGAGAACGUUUCAAAAAUCGUAGUGAUAUUCUCGUCAAAUAAGGCAGCACAGGUUGGCACAAUCAUUUGUUAUGUUAACAACAAUUGGCAGUAGAAAUUUAGUUUGUUUCAUUUGAAAGAACGUUUAAAUUAAAAUUAUGUACUAAAUUUUGUUGUAGAUUUUAUUGGAACUAUUGGAAUAUUUUGACUGAAGGCAAUGAACUUUCCAUGGAUUAAUUCUUAACUUCAUUCAUAUGACUUUUAUGAGGGCAAGUGUGCAUGAUAUAGCCAUAUAAAAUCGCCUCCCAUUGAUUGAGUGAACAUCAAAAGUUGUUCAAAAUGCUUCUGUUCAGUUCGAAAUUGGAAUAGCAACCAUGAAGAACGAAUUUUUGGCUCACAUUGACACUGGGUGUCAAGAUAAAAAUAUUGAGUGUUCCCACUUGUGAAGUAACAAUGUAACAUGCAUAUCCUGAAUAAUCCAAGAUGGCGGACAGCUCACUGUUUUCAUUCAAAAUAUUUCAAAAAUCAAGCAAAAUGUGAAGAAGCUGUAAAACGUUCCUUCAAAUGCGACAAACUAAAAAAUUUAUUGCCAAUGUCCUUUAAAUGUUAUAUCAACUUUGAACGAAACUAACACCACAAACUGGGUACGAAAAAUUGCUCUAGGCUCUUUGCAAACUUCAGAUGAAAAGAUUAGGUUCGGUAAUUUCAGUGUCCAAAAGCUAGAUUCAGUUGGGGAAACAGAAACCCUGGUAUAUUUUAGCCUUAUUAAGUCACUCACUAAAAUAGAUUCUUUUUUUUACAUAGAGUUUGGUGAACCGGAUAUGAUAGUGAAAUCGUUAGUUCCAGAGUGGAAUAGUUUAGUGUUCUUUGAAGUGACCCCUGUUUCAUUUCAUCAGGUAACAUUCAGUCAGAAAAACCGUGUUGUGGUAGGUAUAGUUAAAAGGUUCCUUAAUACAGUUUGGAAGCCGACAACGGCAACGGCAGAAAACGAAAUUACUUAAAUUUUUGUAUGCGUGUCAAAGCAUACAUUACUAAUACUAGAUUCCCCUUAUUACGUUUUCGUAGCGCUUUGCAUUGUGGUUAUAGUGGUAUCACUGAUAUUCAA